AGAGCACGUUGAUAUCGAUAAUGGAUAUAGACAAGUUAAUCGCAUUAGUAUACAAACAAUGCCCCAUAUGGGAUAAAAAAGAUAAACAACACAGUAACAGAAAUGUAGUGGACAAGUGUUGGAAAGAAAUAGCAGGAGAAAUGAGAGAGGAUGAAAAUAAACUGAGGAAAAAAUGGAAAUAUAUUAGAGAUCAGUUUUCCGUCGAAUUAGGAAAAUUUCCUCCUGCACGUUCAGGUGAUGGGGCAAACGAUACUCCAAUAUCCAAGUGGCAAUACUUCAAAUCGCUUUUAUUUUUAAAAGACACGGUUAUGCCUAGAAAGCUGAAAGGAAAUUUGCCACAAGACACUGGUUGUACUGAAACCUUUGCAGAAAGUCUAGCUGAAGCAGAAGAGUCGAUUCAGUCACUUCCAGGAUUAGAUGAGACCACCUUCUAUUCCACUGAAGAUGAAGCACGUCCUCGACGAGAUAUUGCUGAUGCAAGUUCAAGUACUGCGGAAAGUGUAGGAAAAGAAAAUGCUUCAGUACCACGAUCCUCAUCUAAGAGGAAACGAGGCCCAACAGAAACAUUUAAUGAAUCAUUAUUAGAUAUUGUGAAACGAAAAGUAGCAUACUUAGAGACAAAAUCUAAGCGAACAAGUGAGAAUGAAGAUGAACACCUCUUGUUUUUCAAAAGCCUGCUGCCCCAUGUGAAAAAGAUUCCUCAGUCACGGGUAUUAGCGUUUCGAUGCCAGGUUCAAGAGCUAGUUCAACAAUUUUCAUACCCGCUAAAUACGUUUGAAUCUGUUCCAUCUUCUAUCCAUCGAACAACCUGAAAGUUUUUCUGGUACUGCCGAAUGUCACAUAGAGCUAUCCUUUUCCUUUAUGAAAUAAAAAUUUAAUUCACC